CAAAGAGUGACAUAGCUAAGCAAACACACACGCACACACACACUAUGAAAGAGUCUUCUUUUCCCAAAAUAACCAAAGUUUCCAUUUUUCGGUUUCCCUUUUUCCAUUUCUCAUACUUCAAAUUUCUUUGUAAUGUAUUUGUGUAUUCUCAAGUACACUGCAAAGAGGUGAGAAGAAUCAUUGACCUAAUUAAUCUUCAUGGUUAUGGCAUCUCUUGUUGUACCAGGGCUCUCAAGUUCUCAUCUUUAUUGUCAAAAUCAGCUGAAAAGAGCACAGAAAUGGGUUUUCCUUGGUGGGUUUUCUGUUAAAAGAACAAAGACAAUGAUGCAUGUGGUUGAUCACAAUCAAAGUCAAGUGGGUAGUGGUGGUGAUGUCUCUCAUGGAUUGCAUAAAGAUUUGGUCUCCCUUCCAAGGCCAUUAUCCAUAUCUGAUAUUAAUGCUGCUUCUGAUGAUCAAGCCAAAGUACGAAUAUCAUAUCAGGGGAUACCAGGAUCAUACAGCGAGGAUGCUGCACUCAAAGCUUACCCUAAUUGUGAAACAAUCUCAUGCAGUGAUUUUGAAGAGGCUUUUAAGGCUGUUGAGUUGUGGCUGGCUCAUAAAGUUGUCAUUCCAAUUGAAAAUACAUCUGGUGGAAGUAUUCACCGGAACUAUGAUUUACUUCUUCGUCAUAGGCUUCACAUUGUUGGUGAGGUGCAGUUGGCUACUAACCUCUCCCUCCUAGCUAUGCCUGGUGUCAGAAAAGAGUUCCUUAAACGUGUUUUAAGUCAUUCUCAGGCACUUGCUUUAAGUGAUACUUUCCUGAAUAAAUUAGGUGUUAGCAGAGAAAAUGUUGAUGAUACGGCAGGUGCUGCUCAGAUUGUAGCUUCAAAUAGUCUGUAUGAUACCGGUGCCAUUGCAAGCAUUCGAGCUGCCAAAAUCUAUGGGCUUAAUGUACUUGCAGAAGGAAUCCAGGAUGAUUCUGAAAUCAUCAGUCGUUAUCUUGUGCUUGCAAGGGAUCCAAUUAUUCCAAGAUCCAAUAAGCCUUUUAAGACAAGCAUUGUGUUUACGCUGAAUGAAGGUCCUGGGGUGCUGUUCAAGGUUUUGGCGGUAUUUGCAAUGAGGGACAUAAAUUUAACCAAGAUUGAAAGUCGCCCACAAAGAAAUCGGCCACUAAGAGUCGUUGAUGACUCCAACACUGGAACUGCCAAAUACUUUGAUUACCUUUUCUAUAUUGAUUUUGAGGCAUCUAUGACUGAGCCCCGAGCACAAACCGCUUUAGAACAUCUGCAGGAAUUUGCAACAUUUCUUCGAGUGCUUGGAUGCUAUCCCAUAGAUACAACCAUAUGAUAUAGACAGUAGCUAUAUUCUUUUUUAUUGGUGAGCUUUCAACAUAUUCAAGUAUGAAGUCUUGAAAAGGAUUUGGUGACAACAUCAUGUCAAGUUCAAGUAAAAAAGAAGCUUUCACAUGGUUACUAUGUAAUGUAUGAUAAAAUAGUUGAUUAUGACCUUAAAAAUUGUCAUUUAUUUGUUUUAACUGGAUCCAUCUCAUAACGGAUACAUAAGAAGUUGCAGGGCCAACGCAAGGGCUUUAUGCCUCCCAAUAAAAGCCUCUAAAAAUAUUCUUAGACCAAGUAAUGAAUUUUCAUAUAGUAUGUUGUCUUGUCUAUAGAUAUUACAAGAGUUUAUAAUGGGAUAGUGGUUUGACAUUGUUUUA